AUGACAAAAUAUGUUCGAAUCGGAACUGAAGAGUCUAUUCAUCUUCAGUCAAAAUCAUUUUUACUGGCAAUUAUCGUCAUAACAAUCCUUAUACUUUUAUUUAAAAGUAAAGAUCUCGCGCAUAUUUCAAAAAUUGAAGCAAACGAGGAUUGUGUCUCAACUUCCAAUGUCUCAAAAACAUUUGGAUUUCACAAUUAUACAGAAUACCUGCGCGGUGAAAUUCCACUUAUAAUUGCAGAAAUUGCGCGUGUUGUGGCCGAUCAAUUGAUGGUCGAGUUUGGUGGUCGUCGAGUCUACAUGGUGAUCAAUCAUCUGAACCAACGUAAAGUGGACGUCAAUCGACCUUAUGAGCAAGGUACAGAACCGAAUAAGACUUCUCCGAUAGAUUUUUCAAAAUCGCAGAUUGCUUGGAAAAGCUAUCAUGAAUUUUUGAAGAGUGCCGUCGAUGAAGUGGAAGCUCGUUUUGGGAGAGGAUUAGUGAUUGAUUUUCAUGGUCACGAUCAUAAAAAAGAAUAUAUUGAAGUUGGAUAUCUUUUACCAGUACAUUCACUCGCGCUCCCAACUCAUACACUCAACACAAACUCUUCAAUUCAUAACUCUUCGAGCAUUCGCUCGCUAUACUAUCGAAUGAUCGACGCACAAAUCACAUUCACGUCUUUAAUUCGCGCCGAUGUUCUAUCGUUAGGCGGUCGCCUACAAACGUUGGGUUAUCAUACAGUUCCAUCACAAGCUCAUCAUUAUCCAAUGCCUCACAAAAGUUAUCUGCCGGAUGGCGGUGGUUAUUCUAUUCGCACGUAUGGUUCGUCAAAUGGAAGAAAAGUUGACGCCGUGCAAUUAGAAUUACCAAAGAAAUUCCGAAUUGGAAUUGAAGCGUCACAUCGAUUUGUUGUUGAUUUGGUUGAAGCGAUAACCUGGUUCUUUAAAACGUACUAUUGGGGUCGCAUAGGAUGCUUAGAAUACCUAAGACGCCGAAAUGAUCCUUCACAAAAUGUUCAAAACAACCGACAAAAGCAUGAAUCAACACGAGCAGAAAUUUCUGUUGCCGCUUUGCUAAUUCUUACAAUUCUCUAUCACCUUUACAAUCUCUUAAUCUCCGUACCCGAGAACAUUUUCAGUACACUAAGAACUUCACUAAGAACUCCCACCUUCAAACUGAAAGCUUUGCUCGGAACCGAGCCAAAAAGAUACACAGAACCCGAGAUUGACAUAAUACUAACAAAAUUUGCAUCGCUCGAAAACAGAUACUUGUACGCCUCUUAUGGUCAUGAAGCUUUUCUCGAUUGUACUUAUUGUCGUGAUGCGACCGAUUACCUUUACUACAUUCUGCCAAAAAUCACAUUUUCAUAUGUUGUCAUGGUGGCAAUAAUAGGUCUUGCGACAACGCUUCGACGAAAGCAAGACUAUCGAACAUACUGUGUUGUAUUUCUCGUGGCCUGUGGAGCAUUUGAUAUCUAUUCAUAUGCAACACUUGAUCUUCGACUCUUGAUUUCAAAUUCUGCGAUAUCCAAUGAUUACUAUCACUACUCAACAGCCGAUUUCUAUCGUCGGUUAGCAUUUUUGGGUGUCUCGUUCGCGAUAUUAAUUCUGAACAAGACCGACGUAAGAACCGAAGCAGAAAUUUUGCUUGAUCUGCAGAGAUCUCAAGAAUAUGUGUUGGUGAGAUUACAAGGUGCGACUUUGCAACGUGCUGCGAUUUUGAGGGAUUCUGGAUUACGAAAAGCGUAUGUCGAUUAUUAUAAACGGGUGGAAGUGGAUGAGGGUAUGGUUUACUCGGAUCCAGAAUAUAAAAAGGCGAGGGCAGCUGCUUUGGCUAAAUUGAAUGUGGAAAAUAUUGCAAGAGAUGCAGAAUUAUAUGUAGAAAAUUUAACGAGGGUCAGGGAAAGUGAAGGGAUGUUGACUAAUAGAGAUCAGAAUGAUAUGUACAGAGCUACCACAACAAAUUCAAAUUUGGUUGGUGGAGGCGCUAGCAGGCUCAGCAGUGGCGGCUUAUAA